UUUUUAUAUAGAUUAGACUGUUGGUUUUUACGUUUGAAUGGUUUUACACUAGUAAUUUUUUGGGGCCCUUUAUAGCUUGCUGUUCGGUGUGAGCCAAUGCUCCGUGUUGAAGGCCGUACCUUGACCUAUAAUGGUUACUUUUAUAAAUUGUAACUUGGAUGGAGAGUUGUCUCAUUGGCACUCAUACCACAUCUUCCUAUAUCUAUUUACCUAAUUUCAGAUCUUUUGGAAUAAGUCUAAGAAGACGAUACACCGAGAUCUCUGACACUGAAUUAGACGUUCGGGUUCGACGCAUUACCCAGUUUAAUAGAUCUUUGGGGCAAAGACUAGUUCAAGGUACACUGGCGUCAGAAGGUGUUGUGAUACAAAGGUCAAGAGUUGCACAAUCACUUAUUCGAGUUGAUGAGGCAGGUGUAGCAAUAAGGUGGGCUAGGACAAUACAUAGGAGAUCUUAUAAUGUAUCUGGACCAAACGCCCUUUGGCAUGUUGAUGGAAAUCAUAAACUAAUCAGAUGGGGCAUGGUUAUACAUGGUGCAAUUGAUGGGUUUAGUAGAAUGGUGACAUAUUUGAAUAUAGUCCUUGACAACAGUGCACGGACGGCGUUGAAACCUUUUCUGAAAGCUUGUGAAGAACAUGUAGUCCCUUCAAGGGUUAGAAAUGAUCAUGGCUUAGAAAAUUUAGAUAUUGCUACCUUUAUGAUAGCACAUAGAGGAGUUGGAAGAGGCUCGAUAAUAACGGGUAGGAGUGUCCAUAACCAACGCAUAGAACGUUUGUGGAGAGACAUGUUUCAGUCUUGUACUUUUGUUUUCUAUAAGUUAUUUCAUUUUUUGGAGGAGAAUGGUCAUUUAGAUGUUAAUAAUGCAUUACAUUUAUGGUGUCUUCAGUAUAUAUACAUACCUCGUAUUCAAGCCGCUCUGUCUGUUUUCAAGGAAGCCUGGAAUAAUCAUAGAUUGAGGACUGAGCAUGGCAAUAGCCCACUUCAAGUUUUUGUAAGUGGGGUUCUGUCAAAUGUUGGACAGGGUCAUUGUGAAAUUGACGAGUUAUUUUCAGCAGAGACAGGAGAACAAAAUUAUCGGAACUAUGGGAUUGAUUGGAAUGGUCCUGUUCCUGAGGCAACAAAUAAUGAAACUGUUAUUGUUUCACCGUUACCCUGUCCUUUAUCUCAGGAACGUUUGAACGAACUGUAUUCAACAAUAAAUCCACUUGAAAACGAACAAGAACUUGGAAUAGAUUUGUACAUUAAAACUAUUACUUACUGUUUAAACGAAGUAUGAAACUUUGUGAGCUGUCCGGUGCGUUAAUUAAACCAUAUAUUUUUAUUAUGUAAUAUUUCAAGAAAACUACUCUAUAGAGUUAUUUUAAAUUUCAAUUGAAGCAUGGACUAUAUGUAAUUCUUAUAAAUUUGUAUACGGCCGUUUGCUGGAUGUAUUAUGGUUUACGUUUCAGAGUUAUGGUAUUUUAUUCAUAGAAAAGGUGAAGUAUACAGUUUUCGGACAAUAACUCGUGAAUGGUUUUGAGCAGUUUUUGAUUAAUUUUGGUGACUGGUUUAUAUCUAUUAAAAUAAUCCCUUUACUUUUUUAAUAAGUUUUGUUUAUGACACUGAGGAGUCAUGGAACUUUAUUCGUUGGAACAGCAGCUUUUUGUUACAUUAAUUUAUUGUUUUAUUUACAAUGUAGAUAAAUGACAUUUAAGAGAUGUAUAUAGGUUACGUAAACAAGUUACUAGUACACAAUUAUUGACUCUAUAAUAAGUAAUUAGUAACACAUUGAAACUUGUGAGGAACACAUGUCAUGUAUGUAUAUAAUAUUGUUGAUGAUUUCAAUUUCUAAGUCUUUAUCAAAUUAAAUGCUUCCAUUUAUUUAUCCGAUUUCUUUACUAUAAAGGACAAGGUACGAUAAGGCCCGUUUUUGGCCCCCCUAUUAUCUCAUUUUUUCAAAUUUUGUUUUGGAAAGUUACUUAUCACGUUAAAAUAUUCCUUUAUGUUUGAAGUUUGUUUGGAUGAACUUCAAAACCAUUAAUUUCAGAAAAUGUGUGAGAUUAGGGGAUUUUAAGAAAAUAGGCGAGGCCAAAAACAGGCCUUAUCGUACCUUGUCCUUUCCUUGAUUUCCUUUGAAGAGAACACCAAAAGGAUAAUUAAAUAUGAAGUAAAGAAUAUUUGUGUCAAUACUUAUGCAAUGAUAUCCCUUUUCAUUUAUACAUAUUGUUCUUUAACCUCCCAUGUG